AUGGAAGUCGUGUUGGGCGCCUUGAUGGCUGUGGCCACGGCCUCUCCCCCCUUCCUCGCUCCCGGCUACCACGGCUACGGCUACGCAGGCCCCGUCGUGAAGCACGCCAUCCACGCCGUCCCUGUCGUCAAGUCCGUCCAUGCCGUCUAUGCUCCCAGGCACCAACACCACUCUCAGGACGCAUGGGGCAACUACAACUACGGCUACGCAGACAUCAACUCUGCCAAGGAGGAGUCCAAGAUCGGCAACACGGUCGUCGGCUCUUACAGCCACAUCAACGCUGACGGCACCGUCACCAAGAACGACUACGUCGCCGACGAGUUCGGGUUCAGAUCCAGCCUGGCUCCCACGGCCGCCAAGGACUUCGCCCCUAAGGUCACCGUCGCCUACGGCCAUGGUGCCCCCUACACCCACGCUGCCCCCCUCGCCUACAAGGCAGGUUUUGCCUAUGGCGACCCCUGGGCCGUGCCGGCUUACAAGUCCUUCAAGUAUGGAUUCCACUAUUAAAUGAGUAUCUGUCGUUUUCUUCCCAUGCUUCCUCGUCUCGUGUCUCUCUGUCCGCUUCUGUUAGAAAAAAAAGUUGGGAUUCCACCAGGCAUGAAGUCACAUUGACUAGACUGUACAGAAGAAACCCCAAAAAUAUUCACAUUGGGAUAAAUAUGCCAAUCGGUUGUUACCUUUCCACGUCUCCACGUGAUUUAUCCUUUGUUCCGGUCUCGUGUUCCCGUGUCCAGACUCGCUCAAUAAAAGUAUUGCCGACUGUGUUUUUAGUACA